AUGAUUCCGGGUGGUGGACUGUCUGACCUGGACUAUGCAGACUGCAUUACACUGCUAAGUGAACACUCAAGUCCGGCCACAGUCCGAAUGGUUUCCAAUAGUGGCCCACCCCUCCCCAUGCCAAUGCGCGUUCCACCUGGGCAUUUAGUUCAACAAAUUGUGGACGAAGAAGGCAUUUUGACUCACGUUAUCCUUUCCCUAUAUCCUGGACCGGGUCAACCUCCACCCCCUGUGCCUCCGAGUGCAUCUCAAACCGGUCCACCGGGCAGUGCAGCCCUGAAUCCAAUUGCCCAAACAAACGGUCUUGUCACCCAGGGUCCCGGUAUUGUU